GUUUGAUGCCGUCUGUACAAGGUCUGAUUGUCCAUUUUUGCAUUCAUCGCCAAAAACGUCAAUUGAGAAAGGUGAAAAAGCAGAGGAUUCGAAGGAUUUACGAAGACCUAAAAAAGUCAGAGAAAGGUGCCGUUACUGGCCUCAAUGCAAACAUGAAAGCACAUGCAUGUAUGUCCAUCCGAAUAAACCAUGCACAUUCUGGCUCUCGAGGAUAAAUAUGCGGAUCCCAACAUUGACAAAGUCACUCUGAGGGCCUUUGGAUCGAAGGGAUUUGGAUUCAUAAAGCACCUUCUUGAGGAUUCAGACUGUGAGGUAGAUUUCAACAAAAUGACCCUUUUGAAGCUCAUAAGUGGUGUUGCUAUGGAGAUGCAAAGGCUCUGUACAGACUCCACUGCAAUGGCUGGAGAGAAGGAUAUUGAAAAGGCAUACAUUGCAUAUCUGACUUCUCAGGGAGAAGCCAGUCUACAAUUCUCCACCAGUGAAUUCAAAUAUGAGAUUGACUUUCUGAAGAUGGUGCAGACGAACAAAAAUCUUGGCACAGAGAGGAAAGUGAGGCGACGCCCAGCCCCGUCACCAAUUCCUUCUGAGUCAUCUGGUGAAGCCGCUAAUGAUUACAGACACGUUCCCAAACAUUGGAAUCCUAUGAAAGAUGAACACUACUGCUUGGUCCCUUUGUCCCCAACUGCCCUAGAAUACAAGGACAUUGCUACCCUCAUGAAAGACUCUGGCAUGCAAAUUCGAAAAGUUACCAGAGUUCAGAAUCCCUUUCGUUGGGAGAUGUAUCAAAACAAGAAAUGUCAUUUUCUCAAGACGGACUUCAAAGAUGACCCAUCAAAAUUGAAUGAGAGAUACCUAUUUCAUGGGACGUCAAUUGCCAAUAUACAAUCGAUUUGCGAGAAGAACUUCAACUGGAGGUUGCAUGGAACUGCCAAUGGUACUGCAUUUGGCAAAGGGGUAUACUUUGCUACUGACCCUUAUUUGUCAAUGAAGUAUGCAAAAGGAGAAAAUUGCAUGUUUGUCGUCAAGGUCCUCAUUGGUUUGUACACAGAGGGAGACUCUAGCAUGACCUUGCCGCCCACUGGUUAUCAUUCCACAAGUGGACCAAAUAUGAUAAUCAAGUAUUAUGAUGAUGAAUUCUACCCUGCUUAUAUAAUUGAGUAUUGA